AUAAUUUGUAUGAUAUGAAACUUCUCAGUCUUGACAUUUUCCCUCGGCCUGUGAUGGUCAUAUGACAGACGUGCAUAAAAUGAUCACGUGAACUCUCCCACGCGAAGCAAACCCCCAGAUUUAGCCAACUGCUCUUUGAGGUCACCAUGCAAUGCCGUCACCAAUCCCCAUCACCCGACUGUUGCCAAAGGAUUUCGGGCUCGAGUUUGGUGCGUGCAGUAGCCCGCUAACCAAAACUGCGAGUGGAUCUACUCUGCGUGUUCCCGUAAACACGUUUCACGGUAAAAUCGCCCACAGACUGUGGUCCUCUGUGAUCCACUGGCGAGAACUGCAGGCUCUGGAGCCCAUCGGCAGCGGUGGAUUCGGAAUGGUGUUCAAAGGCACAUACUUUGGCGAGACUGUUGCUGUGAAAAAAGUGAGAUGUGUGAAAAACAAACUGGCUUCGAGGCAGAGUUUCUGGGCGGAACUCAAUGCUGCCCACUUGCACCAUCAAAACAUUGUGCGCGUGAUUGCGGCUACCACGUGUACUCCUGCGCACCUCAACACCAAAGACAACAUCGGAACGAUUGUAAUGGAGUUCGCAGGCGCCCUAAACCUACAUCAGGUCAUUUACGGACUCGCAGCCCCGUUGCCUAUGGACAAGUGCGUGAAAUAUUCAAUAGACAUCGCCCGCGCGCUCCAGCACUUGCACGCGCAUGUCACAGUCCACUUGGAUUUAAAACCUGCCAAUGUUUUAGUAUCACAACAGGGUGUCUGUAAGCUCGCAGAUUUUGGGUGUUCUUUUAAACUAUCGAGCAAAAGCGACACCGUGGUGACGCAUCUGAGUGAAAUCGGUGGCACGUUCACUCACCGCGCGCCCGAGCUGCUGAAAGGUGAGGAAGUCACUACGCGCGUGGACAUUUAUUCUUUCGGCAUCACAAUGUGGCAGCUCCUCACCCGAGAGUCGCCGUAUGAGGGAGACAGGCAGUGUAUUCUGUACGCUGUUGUGGCGUAUAAUCUGCGUCCAUCCAUCACUAGGGAUGUUUUUAUUCAGUCAUCUUCUGGAAAGACAUGUCAAAAGCUGAUCAGUCGGUGUUGGGACAGCGACCCCAACAUCCGACCGACCGCAGAUCAGCUCGUCAAUGAACUUUCUUUGAUAUUAUUGUGAAUUUACACGACAAAAUAUAUUUAGAUUUGUUUUAUUGUAAUGAUGUUUUGUAAGUUUAAUAUUGUAAAUGUUUGCAAUUUUUAUUGUGAAGCAAAACUAUUUUUAUAAAGAGCUUUAAUUAAACGUUUUCUUGUUUAAAUCGA